AUGCUGCCGUACUUGUUCUCUGACCUAGCCGCUUUUGCCACAGUCGCUGACCUCAUCACGCACCUCCGCUCUAGUGACACCCGCUACCGCGCUGUGCUUCCUGCGGAGGACCACUUCCUCUCCCUUUGCCCCACCACGCUCACCGUUGACCUCCUCAAGGAGUGCCUCCUUGCAGCACAGAAGAGUAUAGUCGCUGUAGGAGCCUCUCGUGGGGACCCUCGUGCCCCUUUCUUUGAGGGGUGCUCUCCCGUCCCUCUUUUGCCCUCUGUUGCCUCUGCUGCUGCUGUCGAACUCGUUGGCACCGAGUCGGUUGGCGCUGCGUCUGCUCCUAGUGGGAGGCGCCGCAGCGGUAGGAGCAAGGGGGGCAAGGGUGCUGGAGGGGAUGGCGGGGGCGGCGGUGGUGGCGGUGGAGGCGGCGGAGGGGGUGGGGGUGGAGGUGGGGGUGGUGGCGGGAGUGGGAGCUUCAGUAGCGGUGGUGGAGGUGGAGGCGGUGGAGGCAGCGGCAGUGGGGGUGGAGGUGGCGGCGGCGGCGGUGGGGGUGGCGGCGGUGGUGGUGCUGGUCGGGGUUGCGCUGUGCAGCAGGGAGGCUUUGGCGGCAGCCGCCGGCAGCAGCAGCGCCCUCGUGAGACCCUGUCGCCCCAGCAGCUUCGUGAGUGGUACGCUGGGCGUGGGAGGUCUGGGGGUGCUGGUCCCUGCGCUUACGUUCUCCACACCAGAGACCGCAGUGGAGAGACGUGCGGCGGCCCGCACGCCACACAGCGCUGUUUUGGCCGCCUGACUGACGCCUGGCGUGCACUGUUUCCUGGCGCCACUGAGCUUCCUUGCUGGGGUGUGUUGAGAUAG